AAAUCUGAGAACUUCUCAAACAUCUUCCUGGGAAGUUAGACUAUAACAUUUCAAAUAGUAUUUUUGGAUUUUUCUAACGGAUUCUGUGUUUUUCACCUCGGUGCCCUCACUUCUGAGUUCAACCGACCAGAACACAAAUGUUCGUUUAAAGCAGGACGCGUCAGAACUCCGCCGUGGCCACCGGGAAUGGAGGCUUCCGCAAACGGGUCCAGUUUUGGGAUUGACUCUUUACUGUCGCACAGACCGGGAAGUCCGGUCAUUUCUAAAGGGGACAGUUUGGUGGGGGAGUGCCGGUCUCCUCUGGAGUUCAGCCCGGGGUCCGACGUGGAGAGUGGCUGCUCGUCUCCCCCGUCCCCGCGGCGGGAGUGCGGUGAGGAGGCGGUGCAGAGGCUGGAGUCGCACCCGCAGCACGGACAGGGGGCAGGUUCGCAGCCCCGCACCGUCACCUCGUCUUUCCUCAUUAGGGAUAUUUUAGCGGACUGCAAGCCGCUCGCCGCCUGCGCUCCUUACUCCAGCAAUGGGCAGCCGACACAGGAAGCGGCGCGACUCGCGUCCAAAACAGACGAUUUCAUGGACAAAAUCCACAGCAACUCCUCCUCGGACAGCGAAUACAAGGUGAAAGAGGUGGGCGACAGGGAGAUCUCCAGCAGCCGAGACAGCCCGCCGCUGCGGCUCAAGAAGCCCCGCAAAGCGCGGACCGCCUUCACGGACCACCAGCUCGCACAGCUGGAGCGCAGCUUCGAGCGGCAGAAGUACCUGAGCGUGCAGGACCGGAUGGAGCUCGCCGCGUCCCUCAACCUCACCGACACCCAGGUCAAAACGUGGUACCAGAACAGGAGGACAAAGUGGAAGAGACAGACGGCAGUUGGGCUGGAGCUGUUGGCAGAGGCGGGGAAUUAUUCAGCCCUACAGAGGAUGUUUCCUUCCCCCUAUUUCUACCCGCAAAGUUUGGUUUCGAAUCUGGACCCCGGGGCGGCUCUGUAUCUGUACAGGAGCCCCUCCGCUCCACCGCCCCCGCUGCAGCGACCUCUUGUUCCGCGGAUUCUUCUGCACGGUCUGCAGGGAGGCAGCGAGCCGCCGCCGCCCCUCCACCCCCUCUCCGGAGUCCUCCCUCGGGCUACACAGCAACGGUGAGCCGGCCCCUCCGAAGCCACAACCCGGCAGCUACGAAUACAAUGAAAAGAGGCCACCAACGAGGGUUUUAGGAACUUUGACAGCAAACAUCAUUAUCUUCAAAACGCAUCUGAACUGGAACAUUACCUAGACGAACUCUCGAGUCUAGGGCUUAAAGAAGGACUUAUGACCUCUUUUCUAUCUGAACAUUUACUGACUGAGCCAUUCCUUUCUCAGAAACCGACACAUAAAACCGAAAGAGACGUGGCUUUUUAUCAGCUGCGUGCUUUACCCUAAGAUAUAAAAUGUUGCUCGCACUUAAUGCUUACUAAAUUGCUCAUUUGGUGACUUCAGUGGCACUUCUACCAUUUGAUUCCUCGUUGUUGAUCAAUAGCCAAGAUUAUUAUUACAUAAAAGUAAAUUAAUAAUAAUAAUAAUAAUAACAACAAUGAUAAUAAAAGAGACGGGUCUGAGAAUGUAGUCUUCUGUCCCAGCAAUAUGUAAUACAUACGAACAUACAAAAACAUAAACCAUCUAAACACGUUUUCGGAAAACAUUCAUGUUUUCCAAAAUUCAUGUAAUUUUUUUAUCUUUGGCCAAAAAUGAUUCAAUUAUGAAUUCAC